AUGUCUGAUGUCUGGGACUCGCAGCCGAAUGGUGGCAGAUUCCUGGAGGUAUUGACUCCGCGCGCCCCCACGGGACCUCCGAGCAAGGGCUCUCCAAGGCGAAAGCGUCCUUUCGGGCGGCCCGGGGCUCCCCAUGGAGCAUGUCGGCAGGGAGUCCUCGGGCGGAUGUAUCACGUCAGGAGUGAUGCCAGUGCAAAGAGCAAGGAAGGACUCAGGUCAGAGUCAGCUCAGAGCUCCGGCAGCACCGAUGUACCGCUGACGCCGUCGCCCUUUUCCAGGUCACUGACGCCCGCGGAGGCUCCCGAAAUGGAAAGGCGCUCUAGCUGGGAGGUGUCCAUGGGAAAGGAUGGCGGCUUCACAGGAGCCAUGGUGGACUUCGUACGAACUCUCCGGGCAAAUAGCAAGCCCGGCUUCCGGCGUGCACUCACGGCCCCGCUGCGCACUGCCCCGGCGAGUCCAGCAGCCACGCGACAAAGGAGCCCGAGCCCACCAAUGUCGAUACCGAGCCCUGAGGUGGUGGUGGUGGCGCCAGCAGCAGCAGAAGAGGAGAUGAGUUUGACGCAGAGGGAGACGGCGCAGAGGGAGACCGCGCAGACGGAGGGCCUGCCGCCCUUGGUGCGAACCCAGCGUUGGACCUGGACAGCGACGACGCUGAAGUCCACCGGCAAGAAGCUUCGCCCGCCCGCGCGCUCAGCCGCGUCGAGGACAUGGUCGAUGCUCAAGCAGCAGCGCACGAAGCCGCAGCCUGCGCUGCCGGAAAGCGAGUGGGCCCGGCAGGUGUACCGACGCCAUGCGUUCCUGAAGGCGCAGGGAGCGGAGGAGGGCACUUUGGCUGCCCAUUCGCCUUCUGACCAUGAAGCGACAUCUCCAGUGCAGAUCAUCCGCUCUGGCUCCGCCCGCAGCAGCAGGCGAUCCUCCCAGGAGCAGGGCAGUGACAUGGGUCCGCCUGUGGAGAGGAGCCGCGGAACCCUCUACAGCAGUCCGCUUCUGACCACGAGCUCUGCAUCGGCCCGGGAAUCGGAGGAGGAAGAAGAGGCCAGCCCAGAGAACUCCGGCCCCUUAAGUCGCUUCGCGCGACCUCCGUCGCGGGCCCUGGAUCGCAUGAGCAGGAAGCCUUCCUACAACCCGCCCGGGGAGGCGAAGGGCCGAAGCUCUCCUGUAGAAGCAGCAGAGGAUGAGGCGCCCGUUGUCCCGACUGCUACAGAAGCUCGCCGAAACUUCGACAAGAGGCGCUCCAUGUACUACUACACACUGGAGCUGGAUGACGACGAGGAGGAUGGGAGCUCCGAGGAUGAGACGAGCUCCGAGGCGCAGGACGAUGAUAGCGGAGCAGACGACGGCGCAGAAGCCUAUGGGGCAGAGCCGGAAAACCAGGAGAAACUGGAGGUGUUCUUUCGGUUGCAGGACCAGGACAAGCUCCACCGGAACCAGAUGGUCAAGGCUCUCGAAGCUCUCGGGUUUACCUGCCCCCAGGACAGCUGGAUCAACGACGCCUGGAAAUCUGUCUCCCCGGACUCCAACACGGUGGAGAUUGACCAUUUCAUCAAAGUUGUGCGCACCUAUGAGGAGGGGCAGAACUUAGCGUUUGCGACGGCUUUCCGAAUCUGUGACAAGAACAACUCCGGCGUCGUCGAGUGCUCCGAUCUCUCUCAGCUGCUCUUCCACCUGAACAUGGAGCCCAUGUCCCACGUCCUGAACGAGGUGAUCUCCGAAGUGGACACGGAUGGUCUCGGCACGCUAAAUAUGCAGGAGUUCAGGACGGUCAUGCAGCUGAUCUUGAGCAGAGAAGGCUUCACCAAGAGUGAAUUCGAGGAGUUCCACGACAUCUUUGAGCGCUUCGAUCGAGACAAGAAGGGAGAGUGCGAAACCUCGGCGCUGGCCGCCAUCCUGACUUGGCUUGGCUUUGCGUGGUCCAAGGCGAGGAUCCAGUCUGUGGUCGACGAGGUGGAUGUCAACAGAAAGGGGAAGGUCAACCAGAGGGAGUUCAUCGUGUGCAUGAGGAAGGUGCGCGAGGAGGAGCUGCAGCACGUUAAGCAGGCGAUGGGCGAUGCGGACCGAGAUGGAGACGGAACCAUGUCCAAGGACGAGAUGCCCGACUUGCUCAAAGGCCUCGGGUACGAUCCCUGGGGUGUCAAAGUCAUCAUCGAGGCGCAGAAACGCGCCUGCCUGGAGGAGGAGGAUGAGCUGGAUCUGGGCCAGGUCUGGCAAGUUCUCCAGCUUUAUCGCAGGUUCGAAGGCUUCAGUGAAGACGAGUGCGGGAACAUCGCUCGGCUCUUCGAUGAGCAAGAGAAGGACGAAACCGGCGAGCUGAGAUGUAUCGAUGCACCAAAGGCUCUCCGGGCGCUUGGUUACAAGCUGACCUUUGAGGCCGUGCAGAGCAUCGUCGCCAAGGUUGAUGUCGACGAUACAGGCACCUUGAACCUCAUUGAGUUCCGCAAGAUGAUCCGCAUGCUCCAGGAGAGAGAAGCCCACCAUUUCCGGAACGCCAUGCGGAAAUCUGGAAAAGGCUCGCUGAUAUCGAUCCAGGCAGCACAGGAGAUCGGACGAACGGUGGGCUGUCAACUGGAAAGGCGCCACUUCGUUGUGUCCCGCGACGACACCGGGCUUCCGAACGACGGCGUGAAUGAGUCGGAGGUGGACCAUGAGAUCACAGAGGAUGCCUUCACCCGCGCCUGCUGCAAUUUUGCGCAGGAAAUGCGGGAGACCUUCCAGCUGAACGGUGGCUUCAGUGACGAGGAGGUAACCGAGCUCAAGAACGUCUUCGACAGCUAUGACUCGAGGAAGACUGGCAAGAUCGCCAACAAGGAGCUCGUGCGUUUAGUAGACAACCUCUGCCCGUCCUUGGCCCGGGAGAAAGCCCUGCGACCGCAGCUGCAACAGAUGAUGCAGGCCUGUCAAGAGUUCGACGGCAGCCUCGGCUUCGAGGACUUCCUGAAGCUGAUGCGCCUGGUCCUUGACUUCCAGGACAAGGAGCGUGCCCAGAAGGAGUUGUCGGCCAUCAAGACGACAGGCUUCACCCAGGCAGAUGUCCAGGAUCUCCGCGAGCUCUUCCUCCAAAACGAUGAGGGUUUGGGAGUCCUCUACUUCGAAGCUGUCCGUGCCAUGUUCAACUCGAUCACACCGCUGGGGGACAACCUCGUGUACCAGCUCGAAGGGAUAUUCUCCUUCGUUACGAGGAAGAAGGUUCAAAACGGCCUCGGCCGGGCCGAGGAGCUGGACUUCUCCGAGUUCCUUCUUCUCAUGAAGCAGCUGGACGAUGCAGAUUUCUUGAAGCUAAAGAAGUCAGAGAGCGAGACGUCAAACAACAAGACCUAA